CUGGCAUUUCCUCCCUGCACCUUUAAGAAGCACAUUGCUGCCCGGUGGGAUGGUGUCUGCUAAAGCUGCACAGAGGAAGUUACGCAGCCGGGAUCAGGCUCGGAGAUAAAAGCUCCGAUUGUGAUUGAAAGUGAGAGCAAAAGGGAUUUCAGCCUCGGCAUUAACUUGCCGGGAGAGCCGGGGAUUGCACAAAGCUUCCCCAGCCAUCUGCCCUUGGGGGCCGGCGGCGCAGCGGCUCCUGGCCGGGCUGGGGGAGGAGGAGGUGGGUGUGUGUGUGUGUGUGGAUGUUGGGGGGGGUGUAUUUGAAGGGGGGAUCCCCCAAGCCCUGAAGUUCACAGCUCCAUCGGGAGCCCCGCACCGCAGAGCUCCCUCCUCCCGGUGCAGCCUGCUCAUGAACUCUCCCUUUGCCCUGACCAUGAAAGAGGGAGGAGACCUCAGGUAGCAGCAUGGCUUGUGGCUGAAGGCUUUGAGAGCUUGAUGCUCAGCUGCCAAAAGGCAGAGCUGGACACAAAUCCUCUCCUGUGAGCGUCUCCCUGCUGCUGUUAAGGGAAGCAGGGAGAAGCAGCAAGGACAGAACCGCUCCUGCCAACCCACUGACUGUCCAGCAUCCUACCAGGACCGCCAGGGAUCUCGCCACCGACCCGACGACUAUGUUGAGGCAAACAUCCUUUGGGAGCAAGGAAUUUUAACUCCAAAGAACCUCCUCCCUUGUCAGAGUGGUACUGAUGACCAGAUGCUAGGUCUCUUUCUGUGUGCUAACAUUCAAAAGCUCCACCAGCUGAAGGCAAACCACAGUUCAAGGCACUCUCCACGGCGACGCAACUGCAGCAGACCAGAAGGUUGAGGCAAACCUGAUCCAGCACCACCUCACAGCCUCUCCAGCUUACUCCUAUCAAAUUUCAUCAGCAGCUCAGAACUUGAUCUUUCUAUUGAUUGACUGGAGUCACCUCUAGAUAUUUUCAUGCUGAUUUGGAAGCCCUUUUGUACAACAGAAGGGGGUGGGGGGUGGGGAAUGAGGGUAAGGAAGACUUUUGACCACUGAUCAGCAGCUCCGGCCAAAACUUUCCCCACUCACCGCUUCGCAAAGUUGGCUUCCGUGCCGAGAAACUUGCCACAGCCAAACAGAGCACGCAGAGUGGGAUCAUUCCUGUUGGCAUCCUGGAUCUCCUUUGACUGGAUCACUCUUAGAUGAGGAGUUUCCAUGCUGAUCCCGAGAGCAACCCCUAGCCCAGUAGCUGCCUUCCUCGGGACUCUCGGCGCUGCCCUCGCCCAGGGCUCCAGCACUUGGCCGCAGCUGCCAUGCUCUACCUGGCUGCUUUCCUCUUGCACUGUCUCCCCUUGGCCAUGGGACAGUAUGACAUUUGCAAGUCCUGGGUGACCACGGAUGAUGGCCCAUCAUGGGAGUUCUAUGCUUGUCAGCCCAAGGCCAUGAGGAUGAAGGAUUACGUGACAGUGCGGGUGGACCCGGCAGGAAUCACCUGUGGGGACCCUCCGGAGAGAUUCUGCACCCAUGAGAACCCCUACCUGUGCAGCGACGAGUGCGACGCCUCCAACCCGGACCUGGCUCACCCGCCCCGGCUGAUGUUCGACAGCGAGGCCGAAGGGCUGGCCACCUACUGGCAGAGCGUGACCUGGCGCCGCUACCCCGAGCCGCUGCUGGCCAACAUCACCCUGUCCUGGAACAAGAGCAUCGAGCUGACCGACGACAUCGUCAUCACCUUCGAGUACGGCCGCCCCACCGCCAUGAUGCUGGAGAAGUCGCUGGACAACGGCAGGACCUGGCACCCCUACCAGUACUACGCCGACGACUGCAUGGAGGCCUUCGGCAUGCCGGCGCGCAGGGUGCGGGAGCUCUCGGCCACCAGCGCCAACAGGGUGCUGUGCACCGAGGAGUUCUCGCGCUGGGCGGGCUCCAAGAAGGAGAAGACCGUCCGCUUCCAGGUGCGCGACCGCUUCGCCAUCUUCGCCGGCCCCGACCUCAAGAACAUGGACAACCUCUACACCCGGCUGGAGAGCGCCAAGGGCCUCAAGGACUUCUUCACCGUCACCGACCUGCGGAUGAGGCUGCUGAGGCCGGCCCUGGGGGGCACCUACGUGCAGAGGGAGAACCUCUACAAGUACUUCUACGCAGUCUCCAACAUCGAGGUCACCGGCAGGUGUAAGUGCAACCUCCAUGCCAACCUGUGCACCUUCAGAGAGGGCAGCCUGCAGUGUGAGUGUGAGCACAACACCACGGGGCAGGACUGUGGCAAGUGCAAGAAGAACUUUCGCUCCCGGUCCUGGCGAGCAGGCUCCUACCUGCCUCUCCCCAACGGGUCCCCCAAUGCAUGUGCAGCUGCAGGCUCAGCCUUUGGCACAUUCGAGAGACCGCAGAGGGUCAUCACCUCCAAAACCACCACUGCAAAAACCACCACCACGACCACCACCACAACCACCACAACCACCACCACCACUACCACCACCAGCACCCCCCUACCUGCCACCACCACCCCCCAGCCAGCAAGCAUCAUCAGACCAUCACCUUCUGAGUCCACUGCCUCUGUGCCCACCAGAGAAACGCAGAACACAUCAGACUUCAGCAGCUGGUCGGCAGCAGCUCCACUGCAAGUGGGCAAGGCUGGCCCAGGAGCAGAAGCUGUCCAGAGCCCACCAAACCCAGCAGCUCUUCAGCCCAAGCCGAAGCCACCAAAGCCUCCUGAGAACAUCCGAGCAGCUCCGAAGAGCAAAGGGCGCACAGCAGGCAAGAGGCACGGGAAGAAGCCAGCAUCCUCAAAGAGCUCAAAACUCCUCCGGCUCAGACCAGACUCUGGCCCAGUGGCUCCUGUUGAGAACUAUAAAGACUGCGAGUGCUACGGACACUCCAACCGCUGCAGCUACAUCGACUUCCUCAACGUGGUGACCUGCGUCAGCUGCAAGCACAACACCCGGGGCCAGCACUGCCAGCACUGCCGCCUGGGCUUCUACCGCAACAGCUCCGCCGAGCUGGACGACGAGAAUGUCUGCAUAGAAUGUAACUGCAACCAGAUCGGCUCCAUGCACGACCGCUGCAACGAGACCGGCUACUGUGAGUGCAAGGAGGGAGCCACGGGGCCCAAGUGUGACGACUGCUUGCCCAACUACUACUGGAGACAGGGCUGCUUCCCCAACGUCUGCGAUGACGAACUGCUGCUGUGCCAGAACGGGGGCACCUGCUACCAGAACCAGCGCUGCAUCUGCCCCGUGGGCUUCAAGGGGGUCCUGUGCCAGCAGUCUCGCUGCGAGGCCGACAAGAAGGACUGCGACGGUGCCCACGGUGCCCGCGGCGGCGCCGGCACUGUCCUGCUGGCGGUGCUGACCCUCCAGCUGCGUGCCUGGGUGGACCUCUGAAGCCACCGAGCAGGGGCCCAGCCCAGGCACGUCACCCGAGGGACCCGGGGAGACCAAGGUAAUGGUUGGUGGCUCUCUCCCCACCAGCCUCUCCGCCUGCCUUCACGCUAGGACUUGCACAACGUCUUUCGGGCCACUUCCCAAGCAGAGAGGUGAGCAGAAAGCAGGGGCCGACCCCUGCCCACGAACCUGUCCUUGGUGUCAGCUGAGGUGGCCGCGGCACGGAGCCGGCUGCCGAGCAGCAGCGUGGGGACUGCACCUGAGCCCCGGCCCCGCAGCCCAAGGUCCUUCCCUCCGUGCAGCAGCUCUCCUCCCCCGCUCCACACGGGGCCACCGGAGCCCUGCUGCCAGCAGUGCCACCUCCCCAGGGGUGUUUUUUAUUGCUCCUUCCUUUACUUUGGUAAAGACUGGGGUGUCCUUUUUAUUUGUCCUGUUCUUAGUGUCCUGUCUUGAAAGAGCCAAUCAUGCCCACAGCCAUCACACAGCAGGCAGGGGAAGGGAAGGGGAGGGGAGG